GAAGAGUGGGGCACCGCUCACAUAAAGUCCAUCUCCCCAGUGGGACUUGUGUUUAUAGUGCGAACAGAAAGAUCGGCAGCAAGAACACUUCACAAAAAUGCAGUUUCUUGCCUGUUUGGUAUUGGCGGGAUGCCUCGCUUUCGCACAGGCUCAUACGUACCAUAUGGGUCCUUGUCCCAUAGUGGAACCUAUGCAGGGUUUCCAGAUGAGCAAAUUUCUGGGAUUGUGGUACGUUAUUCAGAAAACGUCAACAGGUAGCAAAUGCAUCACUUAUAAUUACACGCGAGGAGAGGAGCCGGGCGAAUAUGUGAUAACACAGGACUCGGAUCAUCUAAUCUUAGGUCUUACACCAUUGAAGCACGAAUAUCACUAUACUGGCCAGCUUUCUGUACCCGAACCCAGUACUCCGGGACGUAUGGAAGUUCGUUUUCCUCUUAAUGUGGCCGGAAGCGCAUCUCACGUGGUAUUCACGACGGAUUACGACAAUUAUGCUGGCAUAUUUACGUGUCAGAAAUUGGCAUUCGCCCAUCGACAGAGUGCCACGAUUCUCUCAAGGACCCGCACGCUGGACCAGGUGCAAGUGGAUAAGAUACGUCAGCGGUUGGGUCAAUACGGUGUCGAUCCGUUCGAAUUGAGCAUCAUCGUACAGACCGGUUGCCCACAAGCAAACGAAGAUAAUCUAGACAUCAAUAUCGAUCCCAACACUUUCACUUCUGAGAACUUGGGCAAUGUGGUGCGCAAAGCAGGUGAGAAGAUCGGCGACGGUGUUCAGUGGAUCGCUCAAACCGGAAGUCAGGUCUAUCACAAACUGACCGGAACGGAAGAGUCUCAGACAUCAUCGACGACGGAACGAAACAACCGCGUGACAAAUGCCAAGAAUAACAGUGAAAGAUUAGAGACCAACGAGGUGGAGUGGAUACCAUAAAAAGUCGAGCAAAUUUAUUAUCCGCAAUGCGAUCUUGAUGUUAGACGUUCGAUAGAUCAUCCAUUAAGAUCAUUGUACUGAUAUAUAUUUGACUUUCUGUUAUUUUACCUGAUGAUAUUUUGUUUGAUGAUUUAAUGACUUCGAAUGUAAAUAAAACUGCGAGAAAGGAAUCAAUAUCGAUUGAUCAAUUAUCAUAUAUAAUUAGAAACAUUAUCACUUAAUAUAUAUUAAAUCUUGAUAUUCAAUAAAACUUUGACAAAAAAGCA